AUGAGGGGUGCUGCUGUUAAAGUAGUGGAGAAGAAAACUGACCAUCAAACUCCUAGUGAUAAGGACUGGUCACAGAGUGGAGAGGAGGAUUUGGAAGACAAUAGGGAAUCUGCAUGUAUUGAUGGGUAUCUGAAGGAGUUUAUAACAGAUGGUGAAGUUGAUUCUACCAAUGAAAGCAGUCUGAAACAUUCUGAGUUGCAAAAAGGAAGCUUCUGUGUUUCGAGUAUGGUGGAUCAAAUCACUUCAGACAAGUCACUACAAAUUGAUAUUCUUUUAAGAGAUGAAUGUCCAUCUUCCACAAGUUUGCCGUUUGUUCCAAACAAAAAUAUAACUGAACUAUUGUCCAGUGAUUAUUUGCCAGAUGGAAUCCAUAAUGAAAACUUGGUGGAAACCAAGAACAGUAUUUUGGAGAAUAAAAAUGCUCUCCCCAAAUCAGUCUACAACAAUGCAGAAAAUAGUCCUAUUUUAUCCAGUAUAGAAGACAAAGCUCUACCUACCAAAACUAUUUCUGAACUGGGCCCAGUGAGCAAGCUGUUAGGUAACAAGAAGGAAGUAUCUGUUUUUCAUCAGCAUGAGACAUCAAAUAAGACCGAAAGAAACACCUGGGCUUUCUUUUCUGUUGACUUGGUUGAUGAACAGCCCCGUGCUAGCUCUGACAAAAAUGAAUCAUGUUUGACUUGGCCUGAGUGUUCUUCUAAUGUCAUAUAUGAGCAAAGGCCAAGGAAAGCAAGGAAGCUCAAACAGGUCUUUUCAGAGAGGACAACAGAAUUCAGCGAUAACAAAUCUAACAAAGAGCUGGAGAAUGGAGGUGAUGGGGCAGUAUUAAACAAAGGAGAUAACAGAAUAGAUUGUUCUCUGCUAUUACCUCUCUCUGAGAUGCCAGGCAUUGAAGCUAGUAAUUUCCCCAUAGAAUCUAUAACUAAAGACAAUGAUCCCAGUGGUGUGAUUUUGUUAGCAUCACCCCCAGGAAAAGGAAGAUGUAGAAGGAUCUUCAACUUGGCUCCAAACUUUGAUUUGCCCAGGCAGAUUCCAGAUAGGAAUGAUGAGAAAGUGCUAAAUGAUGCAGAUGUAUUUAUAGAUCAAGAGAAAGUUUCAGGUGACAAUAUUAGAGGUGAGGAUAAGCAAAGUCUUGGAUGCCAUGGAUCUCCAGUGCCUUCUAGUUAUGCUGUAGUAGUAGACUCUUUUUGUCCUGAUGUAGAAUCUCCGGUGUGUAACUUGGUUCCAACCAAAUUGACAGAAUUUAUGGAGUCUUCAAAGAAUAUAGUUGCUUCUCCAAUUCAGAUAUGUACUUCUGCUUCUUUACACAAAGAUAGGCAAGCCGUUACUCCUGAUAAAACUCUGGAAAUUAAUAACGAUAGAAAGGAGAAAAUGCCAUGUGAUAUUUCAACCACUCAACCAGAUAUUUUAUCUUCAGUUAAAGAAGCUACUGAGAGUCUUACAAAUCCUGUUGCUGAACAGUGUAAAAAUACGCACCAAAUCAAUAAACUUGGAGCAACAAAAUGUUCCCAAAUUGGAGAUGAUCAAGGUCUUUUAAGCACUAAAUCCAGUUUUCUGAAGCUUCCUUUAUCACUAGGGUUUGCACUUCAACUAGUAAAGCUGUUUGGUUCUCCAGCUGUUCCAUUAGAUACUUUGCUACCAGAUGAUUAUGUUGUUCCCCUUGACUGGACAAUAUCAAAGGAGAUCUAUUUACGGUGGAAAGCUUCUGUGGAGGAAAAACAGAGAAAGAAUCGAUCCAAAGGAUAUGAUGCCUUGCCUGCUGCCCUGGAAGAUUCAAAGGAGGUUGAUGAUCAAGAAUCCUCUGAUGCAAAUCCACAAAUGCACUUGUUCCAGUAGACUUGGAAAAACAUCAUCUCUCUGACGAACUGUUUUCCAGAUAUGAUAUUCAAGCAACAAAAGUGGUUCAUCUGAACUUUUGUCUAAAAAUAAACAGCAUUUUGUGCAGAAAGAACUUGCUCAAUUUAGGCUUCACCAUGGAUCAGAACAGCCAGCUGUGUUACAGUGUUGGUGAGAAGCGCAUAAUGCAAAAUUUGUUGAAUGAUCAACAACCAUAGUUUUUGCCUUCCAUCCAUGUAAGCCUGUUGAAUUUUUGUUUGAAAUAAAACCAACAUUUAAAGAG